CACUGACGCCAUCUUGCUGUUUGACACCGGAAUUAUAUCACCUUCCUUUUCCGCCGCAGCUCCGGCGCCUGAAGCACGAGUGUUCAUCUUUUCUCUCAUCACGGGAGACGAAGUGAAUAUACCGAACAGCGUGGCAACACACAGCUGACAAAAAUGAAACCCAUCCUGCUCCAGGGCCAUGAGAGGUCCAUCACUCAAAUUAAGUACAACAGAGAAGGAGACCUACUGUUCUCUGUGGCGAAAGACACGGUAGCCAACGUGUGGUACUCUGUCAAUGGUGAGAGGCUCGGCACCUACAAUGGACACACAGGAGCUGUGUGGUGUGUUGACUGUGACUGGGAUACUAAAAACGUAUUGACAGGAUCAGCAGACAACAGCUGUCGAUUGUGGGACUGUGAGACUGGUAAACAGCUGGCCCUGCUCCACACCAACUCUGCUGUCAGGACGUGCGGCUUCGACUUCAGCGGCAACAUCAUCAUGUUCUCCACAGACAAGCAGAUGGGUUACCAGUGCUUCCUGAACUUCUUUGACCUGAGGGAUCCACAGCAGAUUGAGGACAACCAGCCCUACCUGUCGAUACCCUGCAGUGAGCACAAGAUCACCAGUGCUGUGUGGGGACCUCUGGGAGAGUUUGUCAUUGCAGGCCAUGAGAAUGGAGAGUUCAACCAGUUCAGCGCCAAGUCUGGAGAGAUUCUGAAGAAGGCCAAGGAGCACACCAAGCAGAUCAAUGACAUCCAGACAUCGGUGGAUCUCACUAUGUUUAUCAGCGCCUCAAAGGACAACACCGCCAAGCUGUUUGACUCCACUUCUCUGGAUCACAUCAAGACUUUCAAGACAGAGAGACCUGUCAACUCUGCUGCCAUUUCCCCCAUUAUGGAUCAUGUGGUGAUGGGAGGUGGACAGGAGGCCAUGGAGGUCACCACCACCUCCACCAGGAUCGGCAAGUUUGAGGCCAGGUUCUUCCAUGCUGCCUAUGAAGAGGAGUUUGGCAGGGUCAAAGGGCAUUUCGGUCCUAUCAACUGCGUGGCAUUCCACCCUGAUGGCAAGAGUUACAGCAGUGGAGGAGAAGAUGGAUAUGUCAGGAUUCAUUACUUUGACCCACAGUACUUUGACUUUGAGCUGGAAGCAUAAACAGUCAGGCUCCUCAACCCCACAGCUUCAUCAUGGACUAGAGUCACACAUUACAUCAACUAAAGGAAGAGAGGAUACAAGAGGUGACAUUGUUUUGACUGCAUCUCAGUGGCAAGAGUGUGGUGUUUUUUAAAGUCAUUUUUGUAACAUCACUUGGAAACUGUCUUGGUGGAACCUGAGGCAUAAGAGUUCAAUUUUUGUACAAAGCUGUUGUGACUGGACUUUAAACCACACUCCCUGAUUCCUGACGUUUAUUUAAUCUUAAUUCUACAGCUAAGUAGAAUUUGAAUUAUUAACACUGUUGUAAGCCAUUCCACCAUGAAUCAAUAUAAAAUUACUUAAUCAAGCCA